AUGGAGUUCUUUCCUUCACAACCAGACUUAUCUCUUCGAAUCAGCCCACCCAACACCCAACCCACUUCAAUAAGUUGGAGAACAUCAAAUCCAACUGAUCAAGAUCAUGAUUUUGAUUUAGGUCAUUUCUGGACGAGAGCUUUAAACUCCCAAACCCACCUCCAUGACUCAACAACAAGAUCUCAAUCCUCUUUCGACCUCUACGAACCAUAUCCAACCCAUUCUAAUGAAUCCGGCCUCAACCAGAACACAAUCACAACAAAUCUUUAUCACCAUCACCAGGGACUAAGCUUACAGGAAGGGUUAUUGAAACCCAUAAAAGGAAUUCCUAUUUUUUACCAAACUACCCAACCCAAUUUACAGAUACCAGCUCAAUAUCAUCAUCAUCACCAAAAUAACCAGCCUUCAUUAGAUUCUUGCACUGUUGCUACUUCUAGUAGCUCUUCUUCUUUAACUCAUGGCAGUAAUUUUAAUGAUAUUCCGCGAACAAGAUUAUUGUCUUCGAGGUUUCCCGCAAAGCGUAGCAUGAGAGCUCCGAGGAUGCGAUGGACGACGACCCUCCAUGCUCGCUUUGUCCAUGCUGUUGAGCUCUUGGGUGGACAUGAAAGAGCAACGCCUAAGUCAGUUCUUGAGCUAAUGGAUGUAAAGGACCUGACGUUAGCCCAUGUCAAAUCUCACUUACAGAUGUAUAGAACUGUAAAGACUACUGAUAAAGCAUUGGUUUCAUCAGCACAAUCAGAAGUCUUUGGGAAUGGAAAAUCAGGAGACAAUUCUGGUGAUAUAAUGCUUGGCAUUCAGACUCACGGAAUGGAGUUAUUAGCCAAAAAUGGAGGAAUGUCUAGUGUUCAUCAAGAUAAAGAUUUUUGUUUUGGUCGUUGGUGCAAUUCAUCAAGUGGGGAAGUUUUGAUGCAAGUUAAACAUGGAGAUCUUGAAUCGAGCAUAUUAUCCCUUGAGAAGGAAAUAAAUUCAAAAGGCAUGAAGAAUGAGAGGUCAUCUGAAGUAAGCUCAUCAAGCCAUUCACAGACCAGCCUUAAGAAGCCUAGCCUAGAGUUCACUUUAGGAAGAUCUCAGUGA